AUGAUUAACGCAGGUAUUUCUCGUGACUCUUGGCAUAAAAGGCGAAGUACCAGUGGGCGAAAAGCCCCUCUUCGUAAGAAGAGAAAGUUCGAAUUAGGCCGACAGCCUGCUAUGACGAAGAUGGGAGCUAAGCGUAUUCAUACCGUACGAACUCGCGGUGGAAAUUACAAAUACCGCGCUCUACGUUUAGAAACUGGAAAUUAUUCAUGGGCUUCGGAAGCCAUCAGCCGCAAAAGCCGUAUAUUAGAUGUUGUCUACAAUGCUAGCAACAACGAACUUGUUCGUACAAAGACUUUGGUUAAGAAUUGCAUUGUUCAAAUCGACGCUACUCCUUUUAAGCAAUGGUAUGAGAGCCACUACAAUAUCCCUAUCGUACGUAAAAAGUCGAAACAACAGCAGACUACGGAAGAAACUGAAGAGAUAAGACGAUCUAAGAGGGUAGAAAAGAAAUUGGAAGCCAGAAAACGUUUUGCCAAGAUCGCCUCUGCCUUAGAAGAACAAUUCGGUACAGGACGUAUUUAUGCAUGUGUUGCGUCCAGACCUGGCCAGUGCGGUCGUUGCGAUGGUUAUAUACUGGAAGGAAAAGAAUUGGAAUUCUAUUUAAAGAAAAUCAGAUCGAAGAAAACAAAGUAA